AAAAAAAAAAAACUACCGAAAACUAUCCGUUAGCUGAUCCCAGUACCGUCAACAACACCUCUUCUCGGGGGGGGGGGAAACACACGAGGAAAGACUUUUGCUGCUCCAGAAAGCGUCUGUUUCGAGCACCGGCAACUUAGGUAGUUCAGUUUAAAGAAAGGCAGCUGCUCAAACACUCGGAGAAUGGCAGACUCGGCGGCGGCCAACAGUGAUGGGGAGGACGGACCCCGCCAGCCCAUGCGUGGCUUCGCGCGCCAGGGAGCUCUCCGGCAGAAGAACGUCCACGAGGUGAAGGACCACAAAUUCAUCGCGCGCUUCUUCAAGCAGCCCACCUUCUGCAGCCACUGCACCGACUUCAUCUGGGGUUUUGGCAAGCAAGGAUUUCAGUGUCAAGUGUGUUGUUUCGUGGUCCACAAACGUUGCCAUGAGUUUGUCACUUUCUCCUGUCCGGGUGCUGAUAAAGGGCCUGCGUCAGAUGACCCGAGGGCAAAGCACAAGUUUAAGAUACACACCUACUCCAGCCCCACCUUCUGUGACCACUGUGGCUCUCUACUCUAUGGUCUCAUACACCAGGGCAUGAGAUGUGACCACUGUAUGAUGAACAUCCAUAAGCGAUGUGUGGCCAAUGUGCCGAGCCUGUGUGGCACAGACCACACUGAGAGGAGAGGUCGCAUCCAGAUCUCAGCUGAGGUUAAGACCAAUGUUCUCACUGUUACCAUCAAAGAGGCCAGGAAUCUGGUUCCUAUGGACCCCAAUGGUCUGUCAGACCCUUAUGUGAAGCUUAAACUGAUCCCAGAUCCCCGCAGCGAGAGUAAACAGAAGACCAAGACCAUAAAGUGCUGCCUCAACCCCACCUGGAAUGAGACCUUUAAAUUCCACCUGAAAGAAUAUGAUAAGGACCGCCGCCUGUCAGUGGAGGUGUGGGACUGGGACCUGACCAGCCGCAAUGACUUCAUGGGAUCACUGUCCUUUGGCAUCUCAGAGCUCCAGAAACAAGGGGUGGAUGGAUGGUUUAAGCUGCUCUCCCAGGAAGAAGGCGAGUACUUCAAUGUUCCUGUCGCUCCAGAGGGGGAGGAGGGCAACGAGGAGCUGCGGCAGAAAUUUGAGAGGGCUAAAAUUGGUCCUGGGAAGAACACAGAAGGAAAGUCAGCCAAUGCUGCAUCCCGGUUUGACUCCAAUGGCAACCAAGACCGCAUGAAGUUGUCUGAUUUUAACUUUCUCAUGGUGCUGGGCAAGGGCAGCUUUGGCAAGGUGAUGCUGGCGGAGCGUAAAGGAACCGAGGAACUGUACGCUGUGAAGAUCCUGAAGAAGGACGUUGUGAUCCAAGAUGACGACGUAGAGUGCACCAUGGUGGAGAAGAGAGUGUUAGCGUUAGCUGGAAAGCCCCCAUUCUUAACACAGCUGCACUCUACCUUUCAGACUAUGGACCGUUUGUAUUUUGUCAUGGAGUACAUAAAUGGCGGAGAUCUCAUGUAUCAGAUACAACAGGUCGGCAAGUUCAAAGAGCCUCACGCCGUAUUCUACGCUGCAGAGAUAGCGAUUGGUCUGUUUUUCCUUCAUCAAAAGGGCAUCAUCUACAGAGACCUGAAGCUGGACAAUGUAAUGCUGGACUGUGAGGGCCACAUUAAAAUCGCAGACUUUGGCAUGUGUAAAGAGAAUAUGAAUGAUGGAAUCACAACCAAGACCUUCUGUGGCACACCUGACUACAUUGCUCCUGAGAUUAUAGCCUACCAGCCUUAUGGAAAAUCUGUGGACUGGUGGGCUUUUGGCGUCUUGCUCUAUGAGAUGUUGGCUGGACAGCCUCCGUUUGAUGGAGAGGAUGAAGAUGAGUUAUUUCAGUCAAUCAUGGAGCACCACGUCUCCUAUCCCAAGUCACUGUCCAAGGAGGCUGUCGCUAUCUGUAAAGGGCUGAUGACGAAGCAUCCAGCCAAACGCCUGGGCUGUGGUCCAGAGGGGGAGAGAGACAUCAGAGAACACAGCUUCUUCCGCUACAUGGACUGGGAGAAACUGGAGAACAAGGAGGUGCAACCACCCUUCAAACCGAGAGCUUGUGGACGGGAUGCCGAAAACUUUGACCGUUUUUUCACACGCCACCCGCCGGUGCUGACCCCUCCCGAUGAGGAAGUGAUUCAGAAUCUGGACCAAGACGAGUUCCAGGGAUUCUCCUUUAUCAACCCAGAGUUCGCAGGAAAUGCUGCUGCCACCACUGCCGCCGAGCAGGCUUGAUUACAGCUCAUGCAUGGACACAUGGACACACAUGCAAACAUACAUAAGCGUCUCUCCAGUAUCAAUCCCUAUCUACCCGGGAAUACACUCAUACACACACAAAUGUGUCAUCUUAAAUUUAUCCUGGAAAUUAUUUCUGGUGCCAGUGUCAUUAAACUGACAUACAAAGUAAGCUUUAAAAAUAACAACACAUAUUUGUUGUUCACACUGUUGCAGCUUGGAUAAGGUGUUGGCCCCUUCUUGAAAUUUAAAAGCUUGAUUUCAUGUGCUGUUGCACAAUUUAAUUAAUGAUUUAAUUGACAGCUUUGGAUAAAUGCAUUUAAAGAAAUUUUGUCAUGCUUAAAUGUAAUCAAAUCAUGGCUUUAACUUAGCACAAUGCAGCAUACAAUAUGCAAUUAGCUUUUUCUUAGCACUGAGAGCUUUAUUACUAUAUAUCAAUCAGCCACAAUAUUAAAACUACCUAGCUUAUAUUCCCUAGAUCCCUCAUACCAUAAAACAGCUCUGAUUUGUUGCAGCUUGGGUUCCACAAGAGUUCUUGAGAUGUCCUGUGAUAUCAGGCAUCUAGAUGUUAGCAGCAGAUCCUGUAAGUUUCAAAGUGGGGCCUCUGUGGAUCAGACUUAGAUUGAGAGCUGGACAAUUUAAUUUUAAGUUAACAACUUGACUUGAUCACCCUGACACAUUAUUCUGCAAAGACAAAUACCACUGUAAACAAGGAAUACCACUGCCAUGACGAGGUGUGCAUGGUAUGCAAUAAGUAUAAUAAGUGUUAUUAUAUUCAUUUCUGCUGUCAGUGGGUUAAACGUUGCGGAUGAUCAAUGUAAACCAGUAUAGAACAAUACCAUGCAUGAUACAGUACAUAACAUUUGUGGGUAAAA